CAUCUUGAUAAUCAUGGAAUGUUAAAUAUUUGCAUAAAAUAUAAAUUAUGUACAGUAUAAAGGAAUAAUUUAAGUAUAUAGUAGCUGAUUCAAUAGUUUAUUUAGUUAAUGAGCAUAUUGGAAUCUGGAUAAGUAAGGUUUAGACAUUUGCUAAGGAAUAAUUUUACAACAUGCUAGUGUGGAAAACAACAAUCAUGUCUCAAAUUGUUAGCAUGAGAUGAGUACAUCAACAUCAGAGAUCUUGACUACCCCAAGUGAUCUUACAAUGUCCAUUUGUUUGGUAGGCAACGGUGAUGAGGUCAUCCCCAUGUUGAGUCUUAACAACCACCUGCAAUUGGGUGUGGAUUACUGCUCACCUCCACCACCCACCCCUACAGUGGCAACCCCAACCACCGCCCUCUCCAAUACUUAUGUGGCGGAACCAACCGCCCGCUCCAACAUUCAUUUGGCGCCCCCUACUACCCUCAACACACUCUCGGUGCCCACCGCUGCCCUACCCAACAAUUAUAGUGCUGCACCCAUCGCGGUUCCACCACACCCUCGGACCACCCCCCUAAUAAGCGGCUCCCAAGUAUCCUCUAUACAUGGGCCCCAAGCUAUCACACAACGUGGGUCCCAAUCAUCCCCUUUACAUGGGUGUCAGACAUCCCCAGUACGUGUGUCACAGGCAUCCCCAGUACGUGUAUUACAAACUUCUCAUUAUCAUGGCAGUCAGAGCAGUGUUGGGGAGAGCUACUCAACUAGAAGGUUUACCUAUAUAGAAGAUUUGCAAGAUGCAUUACAAAGGGCAGAUCUCCACGACGUAGACAGAGGAAUACUUUCAGAAAUCAUGCUAUCUUCCUCUAAAACUGCACGUCCUCCACAAAUGAACCCUUCUUCUUCUACAAACACCCGUGAUCGAUCUCAAACACCCUCUCUCCUCUCAGCACCCUCUAUCCUCUCAACACACAUAACACGGUAACCUGGCGCCCAUGUGAUAAUGCCCAACAGUGAUGUCCCAAUCUUCCCUCUUAAAUGUAAUCUCAUUCUGUCACACAAUCUAUAUAAUAUUAUAGUCUAAUGUUUUUGUCUUUUACAACCCUACCUCAUUGAACCCAUUAGACUAUUACCUUGCUAUAGCUUUUAUUUACAGUUAUCUCUGUCAUUGUUGUUUAUUCCCAAAUUUUAAGUACAACAUUCAUAUCAAUUGUUAUCAUAAGAUGUGUAUAUCUAAUUCUAUUUGCUUAUACUAACUUGUGAAAAACAUUCUAGAUAAGCUGCACCAAAUGACAUGCAAUGUUUCCCUCUCAAAACCAAAAGCCACAUUAUUCCAUAUGUUAACCAUAACGUGAGGUACUCAACUGAUUCCUGCAGCUGUGUGUGAAACUCAAAAGCUGUAUUAACUGCUGCCUCCUAUUAUCCCCCAUGCAACAAAUGAUUAAUUUUAGUUUUCUGUGACCCAAACUGUACUUGCUGGUCUUUUCCAGCACCUUCAGAACAAACAGCAGUAAUUGCUGUUUAUAUAUACAGCUGUACUGUAUGUGUGUGUGU